AAUCUAAACGAAGCUGAAAUACAAACUCAAUUCAGUCCAGAAAAUCCUUAUAUUUCAGAAAUGAUUUUGGAAAAAGCUGAUGAAAAUAUUACAGAAACACAAAACAUAUCUCAAUCUUAA